AUGGCCGGAGCAGGGUGGAGUAAAGGAAACAUAAACCAUAGUAAAGAGAUGUCAGUGCAACUAGGUAACUUGUUAAAGGACAUGGAGCUGGAGGGUGAUAUCACCAUCAACUGUGGCAACCGCACCUUCUCCUGCCACCGUGCUAUCCUGGGUGCUAGAUCCACCUACUUUAAAGCUUUGUUGUACGGAGGAAUGAAGGAAUCAAGACCUGGUGCUGUUAUCGAUAUAAAGGAUGUUAACCCUGACACUUUUGAGAUCUUACUGGAAUAUCUUUACUCUUCAAACGUUAAAUUGUCGAGGAUCCCCACCACUCAAGUACUUCAACUACUGGAACUUGCUCACAGAUACACCUUAUCCCUCCUCGAGAAGGACAUAUGUUCUUACCUCAGGACUCAGAUCAACGCCUGUAAUGCAGCUGAGAUCUGCCAACUUGCUACAUUCUACAACCUGACUCAGCUCCAAGAACACUGUCUCACCCUCAUAGACCUGAACCCUAGUGACUCUCUAACAAACCUGGAGGAUUUAUCCUAUCACACUCUCCACGCUAUUAUCUGCAGAGACAGUUACCCGCUCCCAGAGAUGGAGAUUUUCAGUGUUGUGCAGUCCUGGCUAAAUGAUCCGGUACACAAUGUGUCCGAGAUGGAGAAGCGGUUUCUCUUGAAUGACAUCAGACUACCUCUCAUCUCUCCUGAGGAUCUCUUCCUUAAGAUAAUCCCAACUGAGCUGUUUUCCAGUGAGAAGAUUCUGGAUGCUCUGAGGGAUCAGACUCUGCUUAAUCACGUGGACCUUCCACACAGAGGUAUAAGUUCGAGUUCAGGAGAGCUUGUGAACAGCAAUGUGAUGGGGGUGGUAUCAGGGGAGAACGGUGAGGUUCUCUUCACACAGUUCGAGUGUAAAGCUGACAGACCUCAUUGUAGACACAUCAUAGGGGACGAGGCAGGCAUCUCCGUUAAACUCUACUAUCCUCACAUUGUUAACAAGAUAUCCUUCCUGCUGCCUUGUAAUAAGGAGUUUAACAGACUCUACACAUAUCAGGUAUCUAUCUCAAUAAACGGAAAGUCGUGGAAAGUGGUAGCUAACUAUUCAGAUUACCACUGUCACGGUUGGCAGCACAUAGUUCUACCCACCCCCAAAUCUCUAGCCUACAUCAAAAUACAGGGGUUGUGGUGCUCUACGAGCAAGACCUUCUGUAUCGAACAAAUGAGCGUCAAGUUAGACGGGACACUGGACACAACAUCUGUUGACUGUAACGGAGUGAUAGAGCCCAGUGAUAACGUAGCAACAAUAGAGCGGGGUGCUAUAGUAGUUGAAGGGGUCUCCAGACACCGGUCUACGUUGCUGAACGGUAACACUACCCAGUACGAUUGGGAGGAUGGCUACACUUGUCAUCAGGUCGGUUCCGGAGCGAUAAUAGUCCUGUUAAACCAACCCUACCUUGUCUCAACAAUAUCCAUGUUAUUGUGGGACUGUGAUACAAGGUGCUACAGUUAUAUCGUCUCCGUUAGCAAGGACAGGAGAGAGUGGAUAGAUGUGGCUGAUAGAAGUGGGGAGCAGUGUAGUUCCUGGCAACACCUGACAUUUCCAACCCUCCCUGUUUCUUAUAUCAGGGUCAUCGGUACUCAGAAUUCCGCAAACUCAGUUUUCCACCUGGUCCACAUAGAACUGCCUUCUGAAGCGGACAAAUCCAGCAGCUCUGCUAACUCAUUCUCUGACAGAAGCUCUGUUAAGAGCGAGAUCAGUGAUACUUGAGGAACAUUCAAAGUGCGAGUGAGCAUGGGGAAUGGGAACAUUUUAUUGGUUGGUUUGUUUUAAAUUCACGUAGUGGUAAAAUGGCUUGUAAGUGAUUAUUUGGGAUUCUACUCGCCCUUCUAUGCUAUGUACACAUUUGCAAAGGUUGUUCAAGUGCAAAACUUCGCUCACUUUAUACCCUAAACAUUAUCUGCUGUUAUCUGCUAUAUUAGACCAUUCCUGAGUUUGAUCUUGCUACUGUGUCCAUUUUGGAGAGAUUUGGAGUUAGAGCUGGUUUGUUGUUUUAAACGUGGUAUGAGAACUGAAAUUGAGCACUGAAUUCUUCAUACCCAAUUUCCAUAGAACUAGUUUUCACGCAUAGUUGGUUCAUAAUAUAAUCAUUUAAAGACUAAACAUUCCUACUAUUUUGAUGUAUGUGCAAUAUGAAAUAUGAGGUGAAUUGUAAGAUAUGUUACAGCUUGCAUGACUUCGUUAAAUACCGAAGUUUUAUAAGAUAUUCUGCAUUCGAACGCUAAAAUAUGACGGAAAUUUUGAAAACAUUUCUUAUUGAUAGUUUUUGUUGUUGUUAAUUUAUUGCACUGUUUUUGAAAGUUUUAUCGGAAAGAAAAAAUAUUUGACGAUUAUAAUUUUUGUACGAAUAUUUGUAAAAGAAGGUAGUGUUAAAUGCCGUAUAGAAUUGAGUUGUAAUUGUAAAUAAUUCUUUAAAGAUUUGUCGCUCCAAAAAUAUGGAAUUGCUGAUUAUAGACUAUUUUACCAUUAA